CCCAGCAUCUCGGCCACCAAGCACAAGGCCAUCGAGGAUGCGCGCGCCGCCCAGGCCCUGGUGCUGCGCGAGUGCGCCGCGGCCGAGCGAGAGGCGCCGCCGUACCAGCUGCUGGAGCUGAUCGGAAAGGGCAGCUUCGGGCGCGUGUACAAGGCGCGCAGCACGCUCAAGCAAAAGGCCAGCCAGCUGGUGUCGGUCAAGGUCAUCAGCAUCGAGGAGGGCGACGGCAUCCAGCCGGGCGCGGCCGACACGCUGGGCGACAUCAUCAAGGAGGUCAACACGCUGAAGCUGCUGAGCAACACGGGCGCGCGCAACGUCAACGCCGUGCUGGACACGCACCUGGUCGGCCAGUCGGUGUGGAUGGUGACCGAGUACUGCGCCGGCGGCAGCGUCGCGUCGCUGAUGCGGCCCACGAGCGGCCUGGCCGAGCGCUGGAUCGUGCCCAUCCUGCGCGAGGUGGCCGAGGCGCUGUUCUGGGUGCACAAGCAGGGCAUCAUCCACCGCGACAUCAAGUGCGCCAAUGUGCUCAUCACCGAGGCCGGCGGCGUGCAGCUGUGCGACUUUGGCGUCGCCGGCAUCAUGGAGACCAAGUUCGACAAGCGCAGCACCAUCACCGGCACGCUGCACUGGAUGGCCCCCGAGCUCUUCGACCCCCACGUCGCCUACGGCAUCGAGGUCGACAUCUGGGCCUUUGGGUCCAUGGCCUACGAGAUCGCCAACGGCCUGCCGCCAAACGCCACCGCCCGCAUCAACAUCCAGCAGUUUGGCGCCUAUCUGAAGCAGCACCGGCCCCGUCUUCAGGGUGACCGCUUCUCCGAAAACCUCAAGAACCUCAUCGCCUUUUGUCUGGUCGAGGAUCCCAAGCGCCGGCCGCCCAUUGAGGAAGUCCAACGACACCCGUACAUCCUCAACACGCAGGACAGAUAUCCAACCGUCUCCCUGUCGAGGCUGGUGGCCGACUACAAGUACUGGGAAUCUCAGGGAGGGAGCAGGCAGUCGCUGUUCUCGGCUGGUGGCGCCCAGGGACCUCGAAUGGAUCCGUCGCCCGUCCGUCAAAGCGGGUGGGACUUUGGCAAUUUCGACGAGGUGGACGAGCUCAUGUUCCAAAACACUGCGAAACCGCGCGUCCCUACUCCCGACUACUACCCCAGCGUUGCUUCUAGCCCCGAACCUGAACGUACGGCACGGCCGAUGCAGCGUGGCCGUCGCAGGCGACCACCCCCGACCAUGAAGGAGCUCAAGGCUCCUCUGGAGAAAGUCUUUGACCCUUACACCAUCACAAACUAUGGAGAGAACUCGAGGGCCUGGUAUGGCAGGAUACCCAUGCCGCCUCCAACCUCGGCACCGCCAACACAGAGGAAGCCAAAGCCCCCUACUUCGAAUCCCACUUCGAACCCCAACCCCAACCGGAGUAUCAGCCCGAAUCCCAACUCGGAACCGCCAGCACCAGCUCGCGAAUCAUUGAUUGAUCUGGAUCUUGCAAUGGAUGACAUGGACACUCCCUUAUUGCCUAGCCUUGACGAGGAGACUAUCAAGCCGGCUGCGCGGCCCAUCUCAAUCGAUCUGAGCGGAUCCGCUGAUGAGCGACGAAAGACUCAGGAUUGGAACUUCCCAGCUAAGCGCGCCACUCAAGAAUGGUCAUUCUCUACGGCGGACAAACGAGAUACGCAGGACGAUAAUGAGGACUAUCCAACCAUAGUUCAUCAAGACGACGAUAUGAGCUCCUCGGCCAAUCGUGUAUCGGCCAUGAGUCUCAUUGAUCUUGACGCUUCUCUGGCGGACGACAUGAGCUAUAGUGGCCCCGACUCGUUCGUGCCAAGCUCUCACAAUCGAUCAUCUGGAUCGGUCCACGGAUCGCUGGCGUUCGAUCUAGAGCUCGAAGCGGACACUGCAGACGCAGACACUAAUACGAGAGAAUCCUCGCUAUACAUUGAUGACGAUAUGGAG